ACUCUCAUUCGUCUGGUUUUUAGAAUGGAAAGCAUUGGUCCUGCAAGAGUCCUGUCUCACAUGCUUGGACCAAAUGAGAUGCAUGGAGGAGAAUUGGCCGCGCGUGCGCUCGUCGGUUUGGGCGGGAAUUGCUGCACGCGGCGAUGCUGUUGUCGUCUCGCGGCCCUCGGCCUCUGCUGGCAGGAGCGGCUUCCUCUCGGCGGGGAAUGGCGGAGCCCGGGCAGCUGAAGGUAAAGGCCAGCAGGAAAAAACUUUUUAACGCCGUGUACGUGAACAGCUUCGGCAAACACGUGUCCGGCUCGGUUAUCGAGUUCGCGGGCAAGAGCCCGAGGCAAGCGGAGAAGCGGCGAGCCGUUGCCCGGACGCCAGCGGCUGUGCGCUCGCCAGGGGGAAGCGCAAAGGCUAACGCGAAGCCUCCUCUGAAGACCGCUGUCACACUGGCCUCUUUCAAGCCGCCGGCACCCGUUAAGAGCCCUGUGCUGUCGCCGGGACAAGCUGACGUGGAAAAACAAAUGCAAAAUAGUGGGCUCUCAGCCAAGAAUGGAGCUAACAUUAGUACUGUUGGGAAGGCUGAUGUAUUUAAAUUUCCCGUAUCUGUCAACAGUGAUGCUACAAGUGGGAAGAAGAAGAGCAAUGAUACACUUGGCAAGAAACGUGAAGUUUUCAGAGUCAUUUACAAAAUGCUUCAUGAAAAUGAAAAUCUUCGGACGCGGUUGCUGAACACAAGCCACAAUUGCACAGUGGAUGUGCCAACAAUUACAAAUAACACGGAUUCUCCGACAGCCUUGGAUGCCACUCCUUUUGGAUGGGUGUAGAAAUGACAAAGCUUCGUGGUUUCAAGGAUUUGCCAUUUAGUUGAACAUUCAUUUUGCUGCGAUGCUCAUUUGACAUAGAAACAACGUUUUUUUGGGAGCAAAUCAUUUAAUUUUUGUUUUGUAACAGAUACAUUGUGAUCUUGAAAUAGAUUCAAUAAUUAGUCUGUCAAUAUUGAAAUAAAAUAUUUAUCGUAAUAUAUGAAAUUAAAUGUAUUUAUUUAAAGCAAUGUCUUGCAAAACUGUACAUAAAUAGUUUCAGAUUACUAAUAAAUAAAAUUAAAAAGUCGUUUUGUUUUAAUUUGAUGUAAUUCUCAUGUACUAUAAGUUAUAAGAUCUUUAUGUUUUAUUAUCAAUCUUUGUGGGGUACAGUAUUGAGUAAAAUGGGUGGUAAUGUCUAUAUUUUCAAAUUUGAUUAAGCAAACAGCAUAUAAAUUGUACUCAAAGAAACUAGUUAUUAUCUGAUGGCAGAUUUGUUCAUCACAGCUGGAUAUAUUGUCUUUUUUUUCAGGCAAUUCUUUUUAACCAAAUAGUUAUCCACAUACCCGAACAAUAAUAAUAGUUAAUUAUAUGUAAUUGUAGGUGUUGGACAUUUCUGUCAUAAGUAAAUAAUAGCCUGUUUUGGAGAAAAUGUUACGUAUCCUUACAGUAAUGGGGGGCAGGGUGGAGCAGAUGUAGCCUAGUAAACUAUCUUUUACCACACCUGCAGGCUGUCAUUGUUAUUCCAAAUUCUAGGCUGCUGUUCCUACAAUGAUACAACUCUACCGAAUGAGCUAAAUGCCGUUUGCACCCGUUUUGAACUGGCAAACAAAGUUUUAUUAAAGUGUGACCUCCCAUGUCCUGUAGAUAGCAGAAGCCCGAUCUUCUGUCAUGAGGGUAAACCCUAUGGAAGCAGCCAGCUUGUAUGGAAUCCCUACAUGGUUUCUGAACUUAUACUUCAGCCAACUAGCCACAGUUUUUGUCAAAACCUCCAAUCUCUCACUUCAAUACUGUAUUGUCUCCAUCUACUUCAAGGAAACAUCCAUCAUUUUAAGUCCUCAAGAAAAGUAAAGGGGCUGUCCCACUUGGGUGACCUAAUUGGCGAGUUUAGAAGAGUUUAAAAAAAUGACAUGUUGAAGACCUUCUUUGACUAUGUAGAAGACCUCCUUCGACCUCCUUCGACUAUGUUGAAGACUAGCUACGACUAACUUCGGGAAAAUUGUACACCGAAUAGUGGAGAGUGAAGACAACCUUCUACAACCUCCCUUCGACUGUGAUGAAGACUAUCUACGACUACGUUCAACUACCCUUGAUUACCUACGACUAACAUGCCGACCUACUACGACUAAGCUUACAAGUAAAAAAUGUAUCAAUUUUUUCCAUGGGGACUUUUUUACUCGCGGGCAUUUUUUAACAUUGAAAAAAACGCUGCAACCUAGCUGAGGCCUCGAAUACGCGGAGACCACUCGAGCAUGAAGGAGAGUUACGAAGACCUACAACGUCGUGUCGACCAUGCUGUGAGUAUGAGUCGAGGGCAAACUCGCCAGAACUCGCGGAUUAGGUCGCCAAGUGGGACAGGCCCUUUAGGUGACCUGUCUCAAUGACUACUGCCUAGUAGCUCAAACAUCGAUGAUAAGAAAGUGCUUUGAAUGAUUGGUAAUGGCCACAUUUAUGCUAAUCUAGACCCCUUUAAAUUUGCACUAAAACCCCCCCAUCUACAAUGGAUGUCAUCUCUUGCACUUAAUUGAGCUCUGGAUCAACUUGACAAUAACAUUCAGAAUGCUACUGAUUGACAACAGCUCAGCCUUAAAACAACCAUAACCUGAAUAAAGCUCAUCACUAAACUGCUGGAGCUUGGCUUGAGCGAUCAGAUCGCCAUCUGCAACUGGGUUCUGGACUUCCUAACCGGCAGACCUCUGUUGGUUAGAAUUGAUCAGACCAUUUACACCUUGUCCCUCAAUACUGGUGCGCAUUAAGACUUUGUGCUCAGUCCCCUGCUGUACUUCCUGAACACCCAUGACUGGCCAAGUGAAGUGCCAUCUCUAUCUUUAGGCUUGCCAAUCUCCUUGUUUGUCAAUUCAA